UUUAUGCUGGCGACGUUUGUUUCUCUUUCGAGAUGAUGUGAAUUUAGCACGAAUAAAAAGGUCAUAGUGCGGCGGCUUACGACAAAAAGAUUAAAAAAGCUGCCUUGACGAAUGAUCAGUUUGUCUUGAGGGAUCACGGCGCGAUCUUAUCGAGGAACGCAACACUUCCUGUCAUCUCAGCACAGCGAAGUAUAGAGGAAGUUUGUUGCAGAAAGUUUCGGUACACGAACGUUUCUACUUUACAGACAGCGAUCUUCCAGAACCAGUGGCGAGACGAAUAUGCAGCAAUUCAGAGCGAAAUUUCAUCAAGAGAUACGAGUGGAGUUCAUAUCGCAUUUCUCGCCGACGCACACGGAAGAAGCAUUUUGUUGUAUGAAAAUAAUGAGGUCGAAGGGCGAACUGUGUGAUGUAAACUUACUCGUUGGAGAACCUCAGCGGCGGAUUGCCGCGCAUCGACUUGUGUUGGCAUCAUCUAGUCCAUAUUUUCAAGCCAUGUUUACGGGUGAGCUAAUCGAAAGCAGGCAAAGAGACAUAACGCUGCAAGGAGUCGAUGCCGAUGCCAUCGAACUGCUUGUAGACUUUGCCUACACCGCGCGCAUUCAAGUAAGCGAAGAUAACGUGCAAGCUUUGCUUCCCGCGUCGAGUUUAUUACAACUAACUAGCGUAAAAGACGCUUGCUGUGAAUUUCUUAAGAAUCAGCUUCAUCCCUCAAACUGUCUUGGUAUCCGGGCGUUCGCCGACACUCAUACUUGCGUUGACUUAUUAGAAUCGUCGCAUCGUUUCGCCCUUCAGCACUUUUUGCAAGUCUCGCAAACCGAGGAAUUUAUGCUACUUUCUGUCGAACAAGUCUUGGAUCUCAUCUCUAAUAGUGACGUGAACGUAGAAAAUGAGGAGCAAGUGUACAAUGCGGUUAUAAACUGGGUCAAGUUCGACGUAGACAAUCGCAGGGAAUUUGUGAGAGACCUGUUACCAUUUGUGAGGCUUCCCCUGUUGACUAGAGAAUGCUUAAUGACCCGCGUCGAAACGGAAGUAUUGAUUCGGAAUACCCCUGACUGCAAAGACUUGCUCAUCGAAGCGAUGAAGUACCACCUUUUACCAGAGCAGCGCUCAGUGCUUCAAAGUCCCAGAACUGUCUCUCGUAAGCCUACUGGACAGGUGCCAAUCUUGUUUGCCAUUGGUGGGGGCAGUUUGUUCGCCAUUCAUAGUGAGUGCGAGUGCUAUGAUCCCAGGAUUGACAGAUGGUGCAUGGUGACUCCCAUGUCAACCAAACGUGCUAGGGUGGGUGUUGGCACAGUAUGUGGAAAGAUUUAUGCUGUUGGUGGAUAUGAUGGGAGUAAUGACUUGGCAACAGUUGAAGCCUACUGUCCUCAGAGUAACCAGUGGUUGUUAGUUCCAUCCAUGGGAACUCGUCGUAGCUGUCUGGGUGUUGCUGUCUUAAAUGGUUUAAUUUAUGCCAUUGGUGGCUAUGAUGGAGCAUCCUGUUUGAACAGUGUUGAGAGAUUUGACCCUUUGACAGCUCAGUGGAUGUCGGUUGCAGCCAUGAACACAAGAAGGCGGUAUGUGCGUGUGGGUGUAGUGAAUGGCGUAAUUUAUGCCAUAGGAGGCUAUGAUGGAAGUGCACACCUAAACACAGUGGAGUGCUUUGACCCCAUGACCAAUACAUGGAGAACAGUUGCCAGUAUGGCCAGUAGAAGAAGCAGUGCUGGUGUGGCUGUACUGAAUGACAUGCUGUAUGUUGUUGGUGGCAAUGAUGGAGCGUCUUGUUUGAACACAAUGGAACGCUAUGACCCUGUUGCGGAUGCUUGGACUUGCCUGGCCCCAAUGAGCAUUCGCCGUAGCACCCAUGAUGUGGCAGUGAUUGACAGAGUAUUGUUUGCAGUGGGUGGCAAUGAUGGCAGCUCCAGUCUUAACAGUAUUGAAAAGUAUGACCCAGAUACCAACAAGUGGACUUCAGUUGUCUCCAUGAGCACAACAAGAAGCAGUGUAGGGGUGACUGUGGCUCAUGUUUUGCUGCUCUAAAGCUAGAACAUUAGUCAGAAAGUUUAUUGAAAUGAGUGACUUAAUGGUAAUUGGUUUUGAUUGGUAUAAUAUUUCAUGUUCUAUAUAUUGAUGGUCAAUUUCUACCACCUGUACUGUGUGUAAAUUAUUUUAUUUUGCAGGGUUGUAAAACUGUUUCUGUAUCUUUGCAUAGUGUCCUAAACAGCUGUUGUUUGGUCUUGUCAUGCAACUCUCUCUGUCCUCCACCACUGCCUGCUUCAUGGUGGGGGAGAGAGCAUGCAUGAUGAGAUCAAACAACAGCUGCAAAAGGCGAUGAUUGACCACCAUGUUUGUUUGAUGAGUUACAGAUUGAAGUACAUUGUGUAUCAGACCUAAAAAAAUAGUGUAGUCAAGUUACACUUCAUAGACUUUAUAAACAGAUUUUCCCCAAUAUAUGAAAACCCAUCUCCAAAUUGGUGACUGAAAAUUAACACAAGGUCAAUCCUUGUUAAAGCUACAUGCUGCUGUGUUUUUUCAGAAUUCUUUUUAUAAAAGAAAGUUAAGUGCAAAUCACCUGUAAAGAUUUGUCACUUGCUAUAAUAAAUAUAAUUCACUUCAUAAGAAAUCCAUACUAGCAUAAGAUUUCUUUGUUCUGUAAUUUUACAAAUGUUCAUGCAGCCUUGUCUUUUCUGAGAAAAUUCAUUAUCAAAUACUGGAGACUGACAACAUCUAAGUCGUUUUAGGGUAUUUAGACUUGUACUUCAGUUUAAUUAAUAGUUACAAUCAAAGAAAUAUCUUCCGAAUAUGCAUUUUCAACAGUUUACUUCUCUCUGAUUUUGAAUUGUGUGGACAUUACAAUCUUUACCAUUUUUGAGUUUUUUUGCAAGAUUACUGAGUUUGACUUUUCUGUAUUUGCUAUCAUAAUGCAUGGAAACUUUUCAUUUUGUUGUUCUAUUUGAAGAUGUUAGCUGCCCUUAGAAGGAAGUUGAUUGCACUUUUACAUUGCAAUCAUGUACAAAGUUCUUGUAUCUAAUAAAGUUAAUUCAGAUUUUUAGUUCAUUGAAUUGCAACUUUUAAUUUGUGCACAAAUGCAAAGUACGUACAAUUCUGAAACUCCUUAAACAUUAGCACACAAACACAAAAAACUUUUUUCUGCUUUUGCAAAACUUGGCUCCCCAAAUGGAAAGACUUCUUUUUGUAUCAAUCACUGAAAGCCCCUUAAAGGAUCUUAACCCUUUACACUCUAACAUCAGAAUGUAUAAUAUACGUCGAUUGAAGCUCUCCCUCAGGGGCUUUUCAGCCACAAUGUACAUGUAGACUAACUAAGAGUUUAAAAAUCUCCACUGGCAGGAGGCAGACCAGUGGACUAUUUACAGAGCGCAGCCGAGGAGUUGAACUAAGGGGUAACUGAGAACAAAGCCAGUGAGUGGCAGGGUGGAGGAAUUGAACCCGGGACACUGCAUUACAAGUCCUGCACCCUAACCACUUGGCCACGCUGCCUCCUAUGGAUCGAAGGGUUAAAGAAGGAUUUUUAUGAUGCUAAUAGGAUACUGCUAGUUAAAUAAGAGAAGGGGUGCCUCCGGCAUAGAAGAAAGUUAAAAGCAUGUUUACAGCACAAUCAAUUUACAGUGCAAUAAAAGAAAAAAUGAAGUCAAAAAUGGAUUUUAUUUUCAUCAGUAUGGAAAAAGAACAUGUGUCAAUUAAGUAUACCUUUGGUUUAUUGAGGUACAUGUACACUUUCCAUACAUAACAUACCAACACUGUCGUUACAUUAAAACUAUCGUUGUCCCACCACACAUUUAAAUGCACUUUUGGCAAAAACAGGUAGCACUGUUUACUAAAGCCCUUUCAAUCUUUUUACUUGUAAAAAAAAAAAACAAACAAAAAAAA